UGUGCAUACCUAUAGAGAAAUAAUAGCGUUUAAAAUCGCUAUAAUUCCAGCUGAUGUGUUUAAAGCGUCAACAGGGGAUACACUACUGGGAGCCGAAUGAGACACGUCGGUUUAAUGCUGAACUAUGAAUAUCACACCUACAAUAGAUCUGCGUUUGUACAGGUGUACUGCCUGUAGUUUGAACGGAAGAGGGUUUGAGGUGACGGACUCCCCUUUGGAUUACUAGCGGAUCUGUCUGCAGACUCGACUGGCGCUCCCAGCUCCGCGUCGGUGCUUCAACCAGAUGGGAAACGCUUGUGGGGUGGACGGACUCUCAAAUCGCCCGGUAUCCAUAUAUCUCUGUCAAUUGCAGGGCUCCUCCGGUUUAAUCUUAACGCAAAACUAAGCGACCCUGACUUUCACAUAUCGGAUCAGUAAGUGACUUCCAUUUGCGGCUGUCACUGGGACAUUUUGGACUGUCUGUGCCGGCUUAGUAUUUCCGUUAUAUAAAGUAUUUGUCUGCUUCUCCGUACCGAGGGACUGAGGUGCAGUGGCGCCAACAAAAGACCGGAUCGGUAAAGCCGCUUUAUUAAACCACGAUGGCUGUUGCCAGAUUAGAAACUGGGGACCACCGUCAACCAGAAAACGGUUUCGUGGCCCCCGAACCGAGUCCGCCGAAACUGCUCCCGCAGAUCGACGGCUCCGUCCUGCCUUUCCUCGGAGGGUUUGGGAAGUAUCAAAGGGAGCUGAUCGUGUUAACGUGGAUCCCGGCUUUAUUCAUCGGCUUCAGUCAGUUUUCCGAUUAUUUUCUCCUGGCCCAGCCGAACAGCACGUGUGUGCACGGCGAGGCAAACUGGACCGCCGGUCCGCUUUCAGUGACCGGCGACGCGAACGGCAGCAUGCCUGGCCGAUAUGUGUACAGCGACGGCACCGGGAACGACACCCAGUGCAUGUGCGCUGGCUGGAAGCUGGAGUCGCAAACAGGACUAGUGCAAAACGUAGUCACCAAGUGGAAUUUGGUGUGCAGUUCUGCGCAGAACGUCCACAUAGCAAAAUUCUCCCUGCUGGUUGGGUCCAUUUUCGGAUAUUUGGUGAUGGGCGUUCUGGCAGACUGGUUUGGCCGUCAACCAGUGUUGAUCAUCUCCCUGCUCUUCAUGUUGGUCUUUGGGCUGACAGUGGCCUUCUCGGUCAAUGUGUCCAUGUUCAGCACCCUCCGAUUCUUUGAAGGCUUCUGCCUGGCUGGGGUCACCCUCUCCCUCUACGUAAUGAGGAUCGAGCUGUGUCUGCCAGACAAGCGCUUCUCCAUGACUGUCGCGGCCAGCUUUGUGGUUCUGGCGGGUCAGCUGCUGAUGCCAGGUCUUGCAGCACUCUGCCGUGACUGGCAAGUCUUACAGGCCGUCAUCAUCUGCCCCUUCGUCCUCAUGCUGUCGUACAUCUGGAUUUUCCCAGAAUCCCUUCGCUGGCUUCUGUCCACCCAACAGUACCACCGCUCCAAAGGACUGAUGUACAGAAUUGGCAGGAAGAACAAGGUGGACAUGGAGGUGGACACGACUGGCAUCCUUUUAGAGCUGGAAAGAGAACUCCCCCGGAAGCCCAAGCGGACGUGUAUCAUCAAGAUGGUGGGCACCCGGAACUUGUGGAAGAACAUUGUGGUGCUGUGCGUGAAUUCGCUGACCGGGUACGGCAUUCAUCACUGCUUCGCCCGCAGCAUGAUGGACCCUGAAGCCCGUGAGGGGUUCCACAGCUUCCUUGCUGAUUAUUUCACCAUGGCAGGCAUCGCCGUGGCAUCGUGCUUGGCGUUGUGCCCGGCUGUGGCCCUGUUGGGCCGCAGGGGUGGCCUGCUGGUCUUCAUGAUCGUCACCGCGCUGGCGUCACUGCUGCAGCUGGGCCUGCUCAACUUAAUUGGGAAAUACAGCCUCCGGCAUGAUAUAGAGCUGAGGGACACGCUGAAUAAAAAGUUCUCUGUGGCCUUCUCCAUCAUCGGCAUGUUCUCCUCGCAUGCAGUCAGCAGCCUCAGCAUCUUCUUCUGCGCUGAGAUCACCCCCACAGUCAUCAGGGGCGGCGGUCUUGGGCUCGUUCUGGCCAGCGCUGGCUUCGGCAUGCUGACAGCGCCCAUCAUGGAGCUGCACAACCAGAAGGGCUACUUUCUGCACCAUGUCAUCUUCGCCUGCUGCACCCUCAUCUGCAUCAUCUGCAUCCUGCUGCUGCCGGAGACGCGCCGCCAGCCGCUGCCCGAGAGCCUGGCAGACGGGGAAAGCUAUGCCCGGCAACCGCUGCUGCCGCCCAAGCGGCUGGGCGAGCAGCACCUCCUGCUCACCCGUGCCGAGACCAGAGACUACUCGCGUGUCCAUGACACGCCUGUCCGCCAGGCCAUCACCUCAGAAGCUAGUGCGUGCGAAGGAAGCGCAGCCACCAAUGGGGUGAAGCUGCCAUGAGCACAUGUUCUUGCACUGAGGCCCCUACCUGGCGAGAGGGCGGGUCUUGCCUUCAGCCAUCCAAUAGCACCUUGCAGCCCAUGUUGAUAGACUGAGGUGACAACCUCUGAUAGGCUGCGAUAAUCUUGAACCAAGGGACAUUAAUCAGAGACAAGAUACAGUGACCUUCAUAGCCUGAAAUGGCUGCGCACUCCCAUACUGAUGGACACCAGGCCAAUGUUUUUCUCCUACAAUGUGAAGCACCUUUUCCCCCCCUAACUUAAAACGAAUACCACUAGUUGUUGUAUUUGCUCAAAACUUAUCGCUGUUUUCUGAGAUCCUCAUGCAAUGGAUGUUAGGAGGAUCCAGGAGACUAAAGUCAAGCGUCAGAGUUUGCUCCUUAUGUGUGAAUAAGUAUAAGCAGUAAGGAUGUCGCCAGAAUAGAUGUGUUAGAGGCUAAUCCUGCUGAGUAUUUAUCUGUGGGUCAUAUGAAGCAAAAUCCUAACAAUAGGCUCUUAUACUCUUUUGGUACCACUAUUCAGGACAGAGCUAACAUGUAAUUCUCCUGUUUUGUCCUACCUCUCAUCCACACUGCUUGAAACGGACAGAAGGGUACAAGAGUUAUUUAUUAAUGGACUCUAUUGACGCGAAACAAGGCGGGUCGCUGAGGAGCAGGGAGAAUUUGGUGAGCUUUUACGGAUAGUAUGGAUGUUUUCAUGAUCCGUACAGGGAAGCAGAUUUCUCUCCCAGAUGUCGAAGGGAAUUGUUUUACACCUACAAAGACACUCAUGUUGAUGCUAAAAACCUAUGAAGCGACUGAGGAAAAAAAAGUCACGUUAGUUAAGGAUAAUCUACAACCUUUAGCCGUGAUAAAACCUUAAAAUAUUGUUUUGCAAUGCGGAUACUGUUUUUAGUUAAAUCUUUUUGGCUCAAGUAUUCAGCAGACCACACCAAACUAGAUCAAAAGAACCUGAAAUAAGCUUCAUGAGGGUUUUGCGAUGGAUGACAUUAAACUGAGUUCUGCAAGUUUUAUGGAAAAAUCGCGCCUUGUGGAGCAAACCAGUGUUACCAUGUGACACUUUUUUUUAACAUUCCCUUAAUUUUUGCACUGAAUUAAAAAACAAUCAGAAGUUGCCAAGAUCUUUUGUGCAGAUGUACUAUUCUAGAUAGACUUUGUGUCGUGCCGUGUUACUAACUGUGAGUUCAAAAAUCAAACAUCUCAAUUUUUUGUUUUGGAAGGCAUUUAGUGGUGCGAUUGCUCUUACCAAGGUUAUCGCCAGUAUGUCGUCCUCCAAGCAUACCAGUUGUGGAAAAAUGGAGACUCAGAUGUGGUGAAUGAAGGUAAUUUUGUUUUCUUUGUGUGCAAAGUAAAGCCUGAAAACCACUGUUAUUCGUCAUGCUACAACGGAAUCCUUGGAGUACGUGUGCAUCUCGUUCACGAGAUCUCAAAGCCACAAGCUGUGUAGCGGCCUUGCGGCGUAUAUCAACUGAGCACAAAGACCGUUUCACUAUUUUUAAUGUAGUAAUAUCAGUUCAGUUUUUAAACUUGUUUACAAAAAUGCAUAAAAAUGUACUGUAUAGACUGGACUGUUUAUACAGUUUUUUUGGGUCUUGGUAAAUCCCAGUCAUGUUUUUGUGUGUGUGUGUGUGUGUGUGUGUACACACACAUUAUGGCCCCAGUCUCAUUUUAUCCCACCUUAGCCAGGGAUGAUUAUAGGAUUUUCUUGAAGUAGUGGGCAUAACAGGCAUAUAAUUCAUACAGAUGGGCCAUCAUUAUCAUUAGCCAAUAGUAUGUUUUGAAUUGGUGAAUGACGGGG